UCAAAAUGCCCUUGGCUUCUAGCGGGAGCGCGAAUCAUGUGAAUAGCAAUACAUUUGGAUCCUCUGGUAAAGACAAUCCUCAAUAUGAAAGUGUGCAAGUAAGACAACGUGGUGCCUGGGAUUUCGCAUCUUACUAUGAAAGUCUCUGUGUUCUUCAAGAUUCAUGUCCUCUGCAAGCUGUCAAAGCUAAUUUGAAUGUUAACACACUAGAUAUCAAUGCUGAUCGAGUACGCGAAGAAGAUUGGGAACCGAUUUUCAAUUCAAUCAAAAUCAAUAAAAGCUUGGAAUUUAUCGCCGUCAGAAGUUAUUAUGACCCGGAGCCCGAAGACAUGCCAACUCCUCGUUAUCCCAUACUGAAAUCGAGUCGUAAAGCGCCUUCAAUUAGGAAAAAAGAGCUAAUAAGUAAAUUGAGCCGUGCUUUGAAGCAGUGCCUUAAAGUCACUGGGAAUCUAAAAGUCCUUGAGCUGCAAGGACUUCCUUUGUCAUUCAAAGACGUGGAAGAAAUUUCUGCUGGACUGCACGAGAAUGACACCCUUACAAAAUUAUCGCUCGAGUUUUGUGAUAUCGGCAACGAUUCUGUGGAAGUUUUGUGCCUGGGGUUGAAGCAUGCACUAUGCGUAUCAUUCUUGGAUUUAACGUGCUGUAACCUAUCUUCUGUUGGUGCGAAUGCUCUUGCCAAACUUGUAGUUUAUCAGUCAUCUCUACGACAUGCUGAAGCUUGGCAAGAUAGUUUGCGUUAUCGAAGACCUAAUUUAGACAUGCUUUUGGGUCUUCGUAGAAUUGUACUUAACGGCAACUCGCUCAUUGGCGACGAGGGAGCUGCAUGCUUUGCAGAUGCACUUAGAGAUGAUCUUUGGCUGAAGGCACUAGACUUACAGAAAUGCGGCCUUACAAAUGAUGGGGCAAAAGCAUUGCUAGAAGUAUUGAAGUUUAGUGUUACAAUGGUAGUGUGUGACAUCAGAAAGAAUCCGUUUGUUGACAAAGAGCUAAUCAGAUCCGUAACUGAGCAGUGUUUAAUCAAUUGUCAAGGUCGCGAUGUCGAAUAUCCGUGGCUAAAAAUGAAGUCUAGUGAAAAUCCUGAUAUAUUGAAACUAAAAAUGAAAACUUUUAGUUCGGCAACUAAUACACCUCGGAGCUCUAGAGGAAGCGGUGCAUCAUCGCGGAAAGCAAAGAAAGCGAAGUCUGACCUGAAAAGCCAAACAGCUCGCGAAGAAUCUCAGAAACGUGCAAAGAUACCUGUCAGCUCCGGAUACCCAUGGCGAACUGCAAUGCGUGUCAAUCGCCACAAAACUUUGGCUUCUGAGCAUGAUUUGAUGGCAUCCGAAAAAAACGCAUCAGAGCGAGAGAAUCAGCAUCAAAUACGAAGAGGUCAGAGUUCUAGUCAAGUUGUCUCUCAUUAUGGUCCUGGCGCAGUUGAACUAAGUUAUGACGACGAAGACUUUACGAUGACAGGGAUUCAACCGAAUGGCUAUGGAGCUCCGAGAGUCGAUCAUCACAGCAGAUCAAAUGACUUGGAAACUAAGAGACCAAGUACUGCACGUCCAAAUUUGGGGAGUGAAAUGAGUUCAGAUAUGCGACUGGUUAUGGUUGAACUUGAGAAGAUGAAAAUGAAGCUGGACCGAGAAACAGACGCCAGGAGAAGGUGUGAUCAAAGGCUAAUUGAUCUUGAGAUUGAAAACAGCAGACUUCGAAGAGAGGUUCUAUCGGCCAAAAGUGGGGGUGCAACGGCAGGCAACUUGAGCGAAGAACAAAGUGUGAUUCUCGACUCGGUCGAGGAAACGUUCAAAAAGUUCUCCAAGUUUUUGGACUUGUUGAGGCAAGCUGGUUUCGGAGAUCUUGCUGAUCUGGCCGGACUGGACACGGAAGACCUGGAGAAAAUGUCACAAACCAGACCAGGAAAGAAACCAACUUUACAGAAACUUGAUUCAGUGGAUUCAGGAACUGCGGAUGAUUACACGCUCAACAAUAGAAAUUUCAGUAAAACCAGCCAGUUUGGAGGCCAAGGUGAUGCGCAGAGAAACAACUUGAUGGAAAUGCCAAAAUCAGAAGGCAAGAAGACAGCGAUUUCUAGCAAAAGUAGAGAGGAGGGCGGAUCAAAAUAUUACGCGAAAACUUCAGAGGAAUUGAUGCAAGAAAUCCGAAGCAUGACAAACGAACAGUCCGAAAAUGAUUUUACUGCAGCCGAAAAGAGCCACAGACAGUCUAAAAGAGAGGAUAUGAAUGUUGAAGACAUAUUGGAUGAUGAAGAUGAAGACGAGUCACAUUUCAGGAAUAAUUCAGAGAUGGAUCAAAGAACUCCGUCUCCAUUGCCCAUUUCAAUUGUCACUGACAACGAAGGCUCUAGAUAUGACUGAUAAAGGAAUGAACGUAAACUCAUCUGCAAGUUGUAAAAAAUGCCACAAAUUAUAAUUUCAAAUCCGUCUACUUAGCCUCACAAAAAUAUACUGAUAUUUUGACUAUAUUUCCCAGUUUUAUUGUAACCAUGUUUUGCUUAAAGCAGAAACUAACUCUUAAAUACCCCCAUUAUGUACAGAUCUGUAUGUACUAAGUUAGUACGAAUUGAGUUUUAGAAAUGUAAAUGUGCUAUAGAUAACUUAGAUAUAUUAGACAUUUUGCAAAGUUUCGAAAGUUGUCAUAUUUUGUACAGUUCGGUUGAAUUUGUUUGCAAAGAGUUUACUAAUAAACGUUUGAAAUA